UCUCCUUCUCCUACCUGCAACUGGCAGCAUGGUAGCUCCGCCAUAGCGGCGAGUUCAAGCUAGCUACCAAUCAACCCAGCUCCACCUGCUUCUUCUUCCUCUUCUUCUUCUUCUUCUUCUUCUUCUUCACUUCGCCGUCCUCCAUUCUGUUGCUGAGGAAUUUAAUCGGCCACUGAUGCGUAAUAAGCUGCAGCUCUCUGAGUCCCAUGGGUGCUGCCACCAUGCCGGGCCCUUGUUGCUGCAACGCUCUCUCCCCUCCUCCGCCCCCUCUUCGUCCUCCUAGGGCCAGGAUUAGGGCCUUGAGACCUCAUUCAAGCAGCUCGGUUUAUCUCCUCCACCGUCGCUCGCUGGCUCCAAUUGGCUCUUCAUCUAUCUCCUCGAAGCAUAGAUGGAAAUUUUCGUGCUUUCAGCAUGAUGAGUAUUCUUCAGGAAUUCCCGAAACCGAGUUCGAGUCUGUGGAGGAUAGGGAAUUGGCAGAGUUGGCGAAACACAAUCUUGAUGAUUGGAACGAUAAGAGAAAAGACUGGUUCUCUAGUCUUCAGGAGGUCUCUACUGCAAUCUUCAAUGCAAAGCCGUGGAUGGUGCCAUGGAGUGCAAGCACAAUUCUGCAGGUAAUGCUUCUCUGGGUUGCUUCCUUCUGGUUUGUAGGAUCAUGGAUCAUUCCUUUCAUAGCUCAUAUAGUGGGGUUCCGAAAAGAAACCCUAACGUACAGGGGCCAGGCACUAUACAGUCUCCUGACUGACGUGGCUGAAGGUCUUGCUGGAAUUGCAAUCCUUCAUUGCUGCCUAGCAAGAUUCCGUCCACUCCCUUCCGAUUGGUUCCGGUUCAGUCUCCGUGGAAAAUGGCACUUUGAUGUCUGUCUUGGCUGCCUCAUGUUCCCUCUGGUCAACCGCCUAUCUCAGUUCAACCUUAAUUUAGUGCCAGUUCUUCCCUCUACGCCCGUCUCUGUCUCAAGCGUGGAGCAAUCAAUCGUUGCACGAGAUCCUGUGGCAAUGGCACUAUAUGCUAUAGUAGUCUCAGUUUGUGCCCCAAUAUGGGAAGAGAUAGUUUUCCGUGGCUUCCUUCUCCCUUCUUUGACAAAAUACAUGCCCGUAUGGUGCUCAAUUUUGGUCACUUCUCUAGCUUUUGCGUUGGCUCAUUUCAACAUGCAGAGAAUGCUGCCACUCAUUUUCCUUGGAGUUGUGAUGGGCACUGUCUUUACCCGGUCGAGGAACUUGCUUGCAUCAAUGCUCUUGCAUAGCCUCUGGAAUGCCUUUGUAUUCUUAGAUCUGAUGAAAUAGAUACUCUGGAAAUGUACAUUCUUGACAUCAAGUACAAAAAUGCUGUAGUCUAUGUGCCUGAAUGUAUUUUAUGCCCUUUUCCUGCUCUCAAUGAUGUUUGAAUUGGAGCCUUGCCUCUAUGAAGUAUGAAAAUUUUGUGGGUGCUGCAAUAUUUCCAGUU